UUGCUCUCAAGAACGUAUUAUAAGGAUAGAAGUAUGGUUUAUUCAACAGAAUGUGCUAAGUGGAAAGCUUAUCAAUUUAGUGAUCCUUUUGCUGCUGGAUCAUUUUUCGUUUGCAAUAAGAUAUCCAAAACUUUUUGUCGUCCAGAUUGUGAUGCUAGAGCCAGAACCAAUUUGAAACUGGAGAUUAAGUUUGUUGAUGGGUGUCAAGAGGCUAUGGAUUUGGGUUUCCAUCCAUGUCAAUCUUGUGAACCUAUCAAUUUACCUCCCAUUGAUGUUUCAUUAUUAUUUAACUGUGUUUCGAGCAUUAAUCGUCAAAUUGGGUUUUUACCUCCUCUUUUGGAUGAAAAUGAAGAGAAGAAUAAUCAAAAGAUUAAAGAAAAUAUCAUUGAAUCCAAAAAGACUAACGAAGAGCAAAUAUUACGUGCUUUUAACAAUGGUGGGUUGAAUCGUCGUGCCUCUGUUCCUGCCAUCAAUUAUGAUGGCAAAUUUUCAAAAGAUUUUGAAAAUACCAGUCUUUCCAAAAAUGACUCGGACCACUAUAGAUUGGUUGAUUUGGCUUGUAGACAUUUGGCUUUGGCUGCAGCCAUGAAUAUCUUCCAACCUCAAGCUAUUCAAAAAUUGGAAGCUUCGGAUGAGGGUAAUUCUCCUUCCAGUGGUAAAAAGAGAAGAAGAAGAGGUGGGGUGCUUGGUUUUAAGGAAUUGGCUGCCAAAUCCAAGUUGAGUGCUUGGCAUUUCCAUCGUGUUUUCAAAUCGGUUACUGGAUUAACCCCAAAGACUUAUGGUGAUAAAUGUUGGGAAUUUGUUAAGAAUUUCAAAGAUUCUGGAGAAUAUACUAGUUUCCAAGCUAAUACUACUAAUUAUUACCAAACCCCAAUUUCUUCCAAUUCCAGCAGUCCUAAUUUGGAAUCGCCAGUUAAAAAACAACAAAUUAGUCCAUCUCCAAUUGAAUCUCAAUCUUCAAUGCAACAAUCCUUGCAACCACCAAUGCCACCACCAAAUCAACAAGCACCAAUGCAAGCACCACUUCAACAACAACCAUCUCAAAUGGUUAGCCCCCAAUACAGUGUUCCCCAAUCCAAUUUUGACUUUAAUAUGCCAGUUAUUGAUUAUACCCAAGAUUUAUCUAAUCAUUCUAGAGCCUUUUCUGCUCCAGAUUUGACUUUUUUCAAUAUGAAACCAAAUACCUUGUUUGAGCAUGCUAAAACUCAUCAUCAACCAAUGGGGGGUCAAUUGGCUUCUCAAAAUACAAGUCCAAAUACUACAUCUCCUUUAUUUCAACAAAAUACUUUUGAAAUGCCUAGUCUUGAACACGAUCAAGACUAUUUGAAUGCUUAUGACGACGUUAAGAUGCCUCUGUUGAUGAGUGAUGAAGUUGCCGAAGAGAUAUUCAAUAAUAAUUCUUCGAACUCUCAAGUUAAACUUGAAGAUUACGGUCUGUUCAAUUUAUCUCCAGAAUUAUUAUCUUCCAAUUAUAUUAAUUUAUAGAUUGAGUUUCUACUCUGUUUUAAUGACGCGAUGACCUUUGUUUUUAUGAUAAUAUACA